AUGAUCCAGUUUCCUCAAAACCGCCGAUUUGUGGGACGUGUCAAGAAAAUCGAUGAAAUGAAGCAGAAACUCUUCUUCCAGAAAGAAAUUUCAAGACUGGCAGUCUUUGGACUAGGAGGUAUUGGAAAGACCCAAGUUGCACUGGAACUUGCGCAUUGGGUCAAACAAAACAUGCCCUCUUACUCCAUCUUUUGGAUGCCAGUCCUGAGUAAUGCAAGCUUCGAGCAGGCUUGCACCCAGCUCGCGACGAAACUUAACAUAAGCAAAGCCUCGGACGACGAGAAUGCCAUGGAAUCGGUGCAGCGACAUCUCAGUUUGGAAUCAACGGGACCCUGGCUUCUGAUUAUCGACAACGCAGAUGACAAGGAGUUGCUCUUCGGGAGCCCAGAUCAGCCAGGUGGUAUAAGCCAAUAUCUUCCAGAAAAUAAUAGAGGUAUUACGUUACUUACUACUCGCUCUCGAGAGGUGGCCGUUUCGUUUGCGGGGAAGGACAUCAUCAAGCUCCAGGAGAUGGAUAUCGAAGAGGCCACUGGUCUUUUGGAGAAGACACUUAUUCAAAAUGUCUCUCCUGAGGACAAGGACCAGAUGUUGCAACUACUUAAGGAGCUCUACUGCCUGCCUCUAGCGAUCACACAAGCAGUGGCCUACAUAAACACGGCAGACAUAUCAAUUUCAACAUAUUUCAAGCUGCUUCGAGGUACGCAGAAUGAUGUGAUCAGUCUUAUGAGCAGACAAUUCCACGAUGGUACUCGCUACAAAGAGUCACAGAAUGCCAUCGCUACCACCUGGGUCAUCUCCUUUCAGCAGAUCCAAAGGAUUGACGAAGCUGCAGCCAAUAUGUUGUCAUUCAUCUCAUGUAUUGAACCGAAGGGGAUUCCACAGUCCCUUCUGCCAGACCUUGGAUCAGAAGAGGAAAAACUGCACGCUGUGAGCACGUUGUGUGGUUAUGCCUUUUUGGCCAAAAGAGAUGAAGCUUUAUUUGACAUGCAUAGUCUCGUCCAUCUAGCGACACAAAUAUGGGUUGAGCAGGAAGGAACAACAAAAGAGUUGAUGGGAACAGCCAUUCCUCAUAUGCAAGCCGUCUUCCCGUCAAGUGAUUAUACCAAUCGCGAAUUAUGGCGGAUUAUCUUACCGCAUGGUCUCAAAAUCAUCCGAACAUGUGAUCAAUAUGAUUCGGAGGAUAUACCGUGGCUUUAUUAUAAGAUCGGGCAUUGCCUCAAGGCGGAUGGCCGGAUCAAGGAGGCUGUCGAUUGUUUUGAAGAAUAUUGUCGAUGGACCAAAUGUCGAUAUGAAGAGGGCGAUCCGUAUCAACUGGCAUCUCAACAUGAGCUCGCUGGGGUAUAUCAAGACAAUGGCCAGAUUGGCAAGGCCCUUAAGCUGCUUGAACAUGUGGUUUCAGUGCGAGAGAGAACUUUAGCUGAAGGACACCCAGAUCGACUCGCAUCUCAACAUGAGCUCGCAAGGGUAUAUCACUCUGAUGGGCAGAUUGGCAAGGCCCUUAAUCUACUUAAACAUGUGGUUUCAGUGCAAGAGAGAACUUUAGCUGAAGGGCACCAAGAUCGACUCGCAUCUCAACAUGAGCUCGCCAGGGUAUAUCACUCUGAUAGGCAGAUUGGCAAGGCCCUUAAUCUACUUGAACAUGUAGUUGCCGUGGAAGAGAGAACUUUAGCUGAAGGGCACCCAGAUCGACUCGCAUCUCAAAAUGAGCUCGCUGGGGUAUAUCAAGACAACGGCCAGAUUGGCAAGGCCCUUAAGCUGCUUGAACAUGUGGUUUCAGUGCGAGAGAGAACUUUAGCUGAAGGGCACCCAGAUCGACUCGCAUCUCAACAUGAGCUUGCCAGGGUAUAUCACUCUGAUGGGCAGAUUGGCAAGGCCCUUAAUCUACUUGAACAUGUAGUUGCCGUGGAAGAGAGAACUUUAGCCCCAGAGCACCCCUCUCGAAUUGCAUCUCAGCGUGCACUUGCAAGAACUAAGCAAACCUUGGGGCCACAUUCUAGAGGUUCCCCUAAAUUUUGA